AAACAUUUUGAAAUAGAAGACCAUAUGGAAACCUCCUCUAUAAAUAAUCGGAUAAAUAAAGAUCUGAAGGACUGUGCGGAUCAGUCAUUGUACAAGACAGCAAUUAAAGACAGAAGGCCUGAUUAAUAACACCAAAUAAAAAUUUUAUGGACCAUAGAGCAUAUUGAAAUUGAUGUCAAAGCCAGGUUCCUUCCUUGGGUUAAAUUUGUGUGAGUUCCAGAAUUAGAACCCAAUCAUCUCUCCCUAAAAUCCAGUCAAUCGUGUAAUGGAGACCAGGUCCUGACUUUGCUGUCAACGUCGGUUGGUUGUGGGAUGGGAACAAGAAUAAAUUGGGAAAAAAACAUUGAGAGCCCAGAAGACUGGAAAACUACAGCAAAGAUAAGCAUUCCUGAGUUAUGGACUCUGGGGAAUUCAGGAGACGAGGAAAGGAAAUGGUGGACUUUAUCGCCAAUUACAUGGACACCAUUAGUGGGAGGAGAGUGACGCCGGAAGUGGAGCCUGGUUAUCUUAGAAACCUACUUCCUGGAAGACCCCCACUAAAAGGAGACAAAUUUGAAGAUAUAAUGAAUGAUGUUGAAAAAGCAAUCAUGCCCGGUAUUACCCAUUGGCAGCAUCCCAAUUUUCACGCUUAUUUUCCCGCUGGCAACUCUUUCCCCUCCAUACUGGGUGACAUGAUGUCAAAUGCCAUUGGUUGUGUGGGUUUUUCAUGGGCUGCAAGUCCUGCCUGUACGGAAUUGGAGACACUCGUUUUAGAUUGGAUAGGAAAAUCAAUAGGACUGCCAAAACAGUUCUUGCAUGAAGAGGGAAAAGGUGGUGGAGUAAUUCAGGGCUCCGCUAGCGAGUGUGUCCUUGUAAUGUUACUGGCAGCCAGACACAAAGCCAUGACACAGCUGAAGAAACAACUUCCAUACAUGGAAGACGGUGUUCUUUUAUCCAAGCUUGUAGCAUAUUCAUCAAAACUGGCACACUCCUGUGUAGAAAAAGCAGGGAUGUUGGGAUUUGUCAAGAUGAGACAACUGGAUGUUGAUGAACAGUAUUCACUCAGGGGGCAUGUUCUCGAGAGGGCAAUAGAGGAAGAUAGACGUCUCGGUCUUAUCCCAUUUUUUGUAUGCUCUACAAUCGGCACCACAGCGUGUUGCUCUUUUGAUAACGUUGCGGAGUUGGGGGAAGUAUGUUCCAGAGAAAAUGUCUGGCUACAUGUUGACGCUGCCUACGCCGGCAACGCCCUCAUUUGUCCUGAAUUCAGGUUUCUUAUGAGUGGAAUUCAGAAUGUAACCUCCAUCAACUUUAACCCAAACAAAUGGCUUCUUGUGAACUUUGACUGCUCUCUAUUAUGGAUCAGCGACAAUUCCUUGUUAACUUCAUCAAUGACGGUUGAUCCUCUGUAUCUACAACAUAAACAUGACGAUAAAACGGUUGAUCUUCGGCAUUGGGGGAUCCCAUUGAGUCGGCGUUUCCGAGCCUUAAAGCUAUGGUUUGUCCUACGUACGUAUGGAAUAGAUGGACUACAGGCACAAAUACAUCUGCAUGUGAAAUUGGCCAAAUUAUUCGAAACCUUCGUGAAGAAUGAUGCUAGAUUUGAAAUUCUAGGAAAAGUUGUAAUGGGUCUUGUUUGUUUUCGAUUAAAGGGACCAAACUCUUUAACUGCUAAGUUACUACAUAUGAUUAACGAAUCUGGAAAACUUCACAUGGUUCCAGCUCUCCUAAAUGAAGUGUACGUCAUUCGAUUCGCAAUCUGCGCCCAAAAUGCGAAAGAGGAAGACAUUGAAUUUGCAUGGAAAGUUAUUUCAACUGAGGCAAGUGCUUUGCUGAUGGAACGAGAAUAUAUUGAGAAUGGGAUAAAUAUUGAAAAGCUAGAAAGUGUUGAGCAGAAAAACCCCGACAUUGAUGACGUGUUUCCAGAUUUUGACGAUGAAUUCAUCUUUGACCAGCAAAAAAGUAAUUUGCACCGAGCUCGCCUUCGUCGGAGUCUGUUCAUGAGGAUGGUUUCAGACCCCAAAUGCUAUAAUCCAAAGGUUCUUAAAGCAUUAUGUAUAGACAAGAAAAGAACAAAGAGUUUCUCUUCCGAUGAAGUUCUUGAUUUUAACUUUGAAAAGUGAAUUAUUGACAUUUCUUCUCUAUAGAAAGUGAUAAGGAGUUGUUUUCAUUAGCAGUAAAGUCGCAUUGAGUUGAUGUCCCUAGUUAAUUGUUUUAGCUUCUAGUGUGUCUUUUUAGUUUGAUUUGAAGCAAAGAAAAAUAUUUAAUACAUACAGAAUUUUAUAUACUUUUGCUUAUAAAAAAAAUGUGCAAAUUUAAUUUCAGUGAAAAAUGAAGAUAACAUACAGUUUUCAAGCUCAAAAAUCCAUUUGAACAGUAUACAUUAGGAGCAGAAAAUACAGGACCUGUAAAUACAUUAGAAGUAGAAUCAGG